AUGGGGGAAAAGCUCCUGGUCUGGAUCUGGAUUCUCCUCCCAGGAUGCUGGGCUCUGCGGGGCCCCGCGGAGGUGAGCGGCUUCCCAGGGGGCUCCGUGGAGGUAACCUGCGAGUACGAACCAGAGCUGGUAAAUGCCAGUAAGUACUGGUGCAGGGGCAGCAGCUGGUUUUCGUGCUCCAUCCUCGUUCAGACCACAGUCCCCGGGGACGAGGCGUGGGGGGACAGGGUGUCCCUGCGAGAUGACCCCACUGGGCACGUGUUCGUGGUGACCAUGGAGAACCUGAGAGUGGAGGACAAGGAUCAGUACUGGUGUGGGAUCCAGGUAGCAUGGUAUGACCCCAUGUUCCCCGUUGUGGUGUCUGUUCUCCCAGUGCCCGAGACAACACACUGUGACCUCCACACAACACAGGGGGAAGAGGCCACAACUGCUCCCACCUUCCCAUGGACUCCCCUGGAGCUGGAAAACACCGUGUCCAUACCGAAAGUCACCCUGCAGGCUGGCACCCCAAACCUGCUUGUCGUGGUCCUGACACCCUCUGUUAUGCUGGUGCUUGUUUUGGGCAUCAUCAUCUGCUGCAGGAUGAGAAGAGCAUCACCGGAGAGGAGCGGAGCAGCCUGGGCUGUGGAGAGGAAGAGGGACAAGGACCUCCAGGUCACUGCAAGCUGGGAGCGAGCAGAUGCUUCCAAUCACAUCUACACAAACAGGCAGUGGAAGCUCAGCUCGCCUGAGGAUGACUAUGAGAACAGCCCGGCCAAGUGGCAGGACUUUGAAAAGGGAGACAAAGUUUCCAUUUCCAGAGCUCCAGAACUGCAGUCGAUCUACAUGAACACCCGCUGA